AUGAGCGGCGAGGACCCCUACAAGAAAUAUGCCCAUCUCCCUAUACCUUCAUACGACGAGGCCAUAUCUUCCCGACCCUCAUCUUCGAAUACCGUCAACGAGACAAGCGACGACACAGAACGUCAAGGUCUGUUAGGUAGACAGCCUACUCAAUCCGCUCGCAAUGGCGCAUACCGACCUCCCACCGCAGAGUCACCACGACCAAGCGAAGAUAGCGAUCUUUACCUGCCAGAGGUGAAUGGCGACAGUGAUGACGAUGAAGAAGCAGCGGUACGGCGAGACAUGGAAGAGAUGGAAAUACUCGAGCCCGAGUCAGCAACAGGCCGGCGGCGAGGUCAACUAUUCGGCAAAUUGUCACACACUUGGAGCAACCUACCCUCAUUCCGCCGCUUCUCAAUACUCAAAUUCUCGUCCCUGCGUCAGCGCCUCCCUACCAUUCCCGAAGACUUCAAACUCGGCCUGCCGGUCAUUGCCCGUUUAGUCGCGCUUUUUACAAUCGCCGCUCUGAUAUACGCCCUCUUCGCCCUCGAUGUGAUACCCAAUGCUGGUCACAUGGCUCAACAUUACGACCCUGAGAGUGUGCGCGCAAGAGUACAAGAGCAGGCUUCACUAUCCCCAAAUCGCAUCGCCGAAUACCUCGAGUACAUCACCUCAUACGACCACGUCGCAGGCACAGAAGGCGACUUCUUCUUGGCCGAAUGGGUCCAGGAAAACUGGCGUGCCCAACACUUGGAUGAUGUCAGGAUGCAUGAAUACUUUGUCUACAUGAAUUAUCCGGAAGCAGGCGGUCGCAACGUCGAAAUUGUCUCUCCGCCGGACAGGAAGUGGACUGCUUUGCUAGAGGAAGAAUCGGUUUUUAAAGAGUCGGGAAGAGAGAAACAACAAACGCUCAAUUGGCACGGCUACUCCAAGAACGGAAAUGUUACUGGUCACCUCGUCUAUGCCAAUGGCGGCUCGCGCGAGGAUUUCCAACGCUUGAAAGAUAUGGGCGUGGAUUUGAAUGGUGCUAUUGUGUUGGUGCGAUAUUAUCAUACAGAAGCAGACCGUGGAAUGAAGGUCAAGGCUGCUGAAAUGGCUGGAGCUGCUGGAUGUCUCAUAUACUCGGACCCAAAGGAGGACGGCUUUGUAAAUGGUCCUGUUGUGCCUGAUGGACCUUGGAGACCGCGCGACUCUGUUCAACGAGGAUCUGUCGCUCUUUCUAGUUUGGUAAUCGGAGACCCUUUGACACCUGGUCAUGCCUCGCACGAGGAUGCCAAACGCCCGAAUAUCAAUGGAAACAUCACUGGACUGCCUCAAAUCCCCAGUCUACCUCUGGCAUGGAGAGACGCUCAACAUCUACUGAUGGCACUGAAAGGGCAUGGUCAAAAGGUGCCCUCUGAGGACUGGAAAGGUGGUGUGCCUGAUGUCGAAUGGUGGACUGGCGAUAAGAACUCUCCAGAAGUUCGCCUUGUCAACAACAACUUUGUGACCGACAAACAACGGAUCUGGAACGUGCAUGGUCUGGUUCAGGGCAUGGAGACACCAAGCAAGAAGUUGAUCGUUGGAUCUCAUCGCGAUGCUUGGUGUUUCGGCAGUGUCGAUGCUGGAAGUUCGCAAGCCGUUCUCAUGGAGGUUGUUACUAUCUUCGGCGAUCUCAUAAAACUUGGUUGGCGACCGCUUCGCUCUAUCGAAUUUGUCUCUUGGGAUGCCGAGGAAUACAAUUUCGUCGGUUCUACUGAGUUUGUCGAGGACAACAUGGAUUAUCUGCGUAACAAUGCCGUCGGGUACCUUAAUGUCGAUGUAGGUGUCUCUGGUCCGAACUUCAGAGUCUCGGGUUCGCCGCUGUACAAAAAAGCUCUGAUGCACGUUCUCGAUCGCGUCUCCGAUCCCUACAGAAACUUCACACUACGCCAGCUCUACGACGAGAGAAAUCAACAGAUUGAAGGCUUAGGUGCUGGAUCCGAUUACGUGCCUUUCCAAUACAUGUCUGGCACCUCUUCCCUGGACUUUGGCUUCGAAAGCGAGGAUGGCGAAGAAGGAUACCCCUAUCACUCUUGCUACGAGACCUACGAGUGGAUGACCAAAUACGGAGACCCAGAGUUCCAGUACCACAAGACUCUUGCCACGGUAUGGGCUUUACUGAUCCUCGAAAUCGCUGAUCGACCGAUCAUACCCUUUGACCUCAACGACUAUGCAGCCGCCAUGUCCCCUAUCAUCGACGACCUCGAAAAAGAUGCUAAAGCCACUGCUGAGAAAUUCAAGACAAAGCUCGAUACUACGAUAUUCAGCGUGCAGCCUCUGCGAGAAGCAGUAGAUGUGUUUGUGGCCAACGCCAAGCAAUUUCAUGAGUUUGAUGAAAUGUGGGCGUCCAAGGUUCUUGCGGGAAGCGGCGGCUUCGAGACCAAUGCCUAUGCUCUCCAACGCAUCGAACACAACACCCGUGUCGCGGACUUUGAGACAAAUUUGCUAGACUUACCAAGCACUGGUGAGGCUGAGCCUUAUGGUGUCCCAGGUCGCGAACAAUACAAACACGUGCUCUUUGGCCCACAGCUGUGGGAUGGGUAUGCGGCUGCGUAUCUGCCUGCUGUGAGGGAUGCGAUGCAAGAAGGAAGAUGGGAGGAUGCGCAGGCACAGCUUUUGCGUGCGAGCAGGAUAUUGAGGGUGGCGAGUGAGAAGUUGGUUGCAUAG